AUGCAACAGACUGAUCAUUGCUAUAUCUGCUUUAGAGCUGCAAUCGAGGAGCGAUAUUCUGCCGAUCUAUCGAGACUGUCCAAGCGAACAUUCAAUGACAAGAUUGAUCCCGAUUAUAUUGGAACACUUGGCACGCUAUGGGGCGAAAUCCUUCAUGCCACCAGUGUUGUGGCUAAUGCAAGGUCUAAUCUAGCCAAGGAAAUUUUAAAACUGGAAUACACAUUCCGUACUCGCUGUGAUAAGGAUCAGGAUGCAGAAUGGUCAAAAGUGAAGCAGAGCCUGAGUGCUCUUAGUGCAAAUUAUGAAAGCGAUUUUGUUAAACUCACCAAGGAUUACGCCGACAAGAUUGUCAAGGUGGAAAAGUAUGAUGCCAAGUCAAAGAAAAAAGCUACAUCUCAAGGCAAGCUGAAUGCUAAAAAAUUUGAACAAAUGGAUCGAGAGCGCAUCGAGCUAAUCAAGAAAAAUCUGUCCUUGUUUGCUCAACAGGAAGAAAUGAUUGCAGAGACUUUGGCUGGAGUGAACGGAAUACUUAUUGUUGCAUGUGACGACUAUAGUGUUGAAAACGAGAUUCAAAAUUUUUGUGCAACCAAAGGAACAAUGUUUGUUGAUGUACAAACCUCUCGGGUAGCCUCUGCGAGCCAUUCAGAGCUACGACAGAGUGAUCAGACUGUAUCGGUUGCAUCUGGUAUCAAUAAUGUUGUCGAGCCAACUCCGCCUGUGCCAGUUGUUGAUGAGAAUGGAUUUUCUAUUCGACCAGAAACUGUUGAUUUGUUUGCAUCCAAUUUUCCCAAUGGUAGCGAAGCUGAUGAUUUUCAUGAUGAAUCUGCAAGUCGAAUACAGCCAAAAAUUCAUGUGGCAAUUCAAGAGCACGUUAUUAAAGAAAACAUUUCAGAUACGCAAAGUGCGAUUGCCAAUUUAACUUCCAAGCUUCAGGCGCCUGGUAGUGCUACCGGAGGUUCAAUUAGAGGACGAAUUCAGUCUUCAUACGACAGCAAUGCUGCAGUAAGCAGAUCACAUUCCACAGCUGCUCCUCCAGCACCGCAUGAGGCUACGCCAGCUAAAGCCGACGUGAUUGUUUGCGAAACCUUGAAUAUUCUGCAAGUGAAUGGCAUGGUAGACAAGAUUCUGAUCACGGGAGAGAUUUCCAUUCAACUUCUCGAUCCACUUUUGCAGCUUAAUAAUGACAGUAAAUUCUGUAAAAUCCUCAUCCGCAACUUUGAUAGUCUAUUACAAAUUGUGCCCAAUGAGGAAUACGUUUCACUAUCAUCUUCUAUUGGAAAUGAGUAUGAUUUGAAUCUAGAAAAACUAGCAGAGCAGGUUCAUAGCAAUGUGCAGCUUUUUAAAUAUCAAGUCUGGACCGAGUCUCCAGAGCAGUUUUCACCCAUUAUUGUCAAGCCCAUAUGGAAAUGCGAAGAGAAACAGGCAUCGCUUUUAAUCAACUAUGAGUUCAACUCGGAUUUAUUGAAGCGCUUGCCGCCCCAGGAACUCACCAUUAUGGCUUCCAUUCAAGAUGGUGGUGAAAUUGGUGCUGUUCAAACAAAGCCUGCUGGUGUGUGGGAUCUGGAUCUGCGUUGCAUAUUUUGGCAGUUGUCAGAUCCAGAGUGGGAAGCAGUACACGGAGACUACGCGCAGCAAGCAGAUGCCUCGACAGAAGAGAUUCCCCGACAAUAUAAAAUCCUUGCUCGUGUUGAAACCAGCAAGCAAUGUCUUCCAGAUCCCGUGGCAAUCAAAUACUCGAGCUCGAUGGGACUUUUUUCUCUUGUAGAUGUAGAGUUUUCUGGAUUGGUUGGACAUAGAGAUGGCACUGGUUCCCCACAUUCCCAUCAGCCACCACUAGUUGUAUCGGUACACAAAUCUGUCUGUUCUGGCAAAUUUGGAUCUCAAAUCAUCACUGUUUUACCAGAGUAAAUCGAUUGAUUUUUCAUAAAAGAUGAUUGAAAUGUAUGUUUUU